AUGGCUAAGGCUGGGUCUAAUGUGGGGGAGGUUGGCGAGCAGGGAGCAGAUUUAGGGGCCCUUAUACAGCAGCUGCCGGCGCUUCCACCGGGUGCUCUGGCCACUGUCUUGGCCUUCACUCAGUCUCUGGUCUCAGGCCGGGGGCCGGGCGGCAUGGAGCAGGGCCUGGAUGGUGCCGGGGGGUCCGGAAGUGGCGGCGGCGGUACGCGUGGUCGGUCAGGCUUUGGGCCUUCUGUUGGUGCGGGGCGUGGCCACGCCCCCGUACAUAACAUGCGUCGCGCCUCCUCCCCCUCUGAUGGAUCUUCGUCUGGGGAGGAGCACGGUUGCACGCGCGAGAGACGCCGCCCUGCAGCACGACCGGAGACGCCUACCGGAGCAGCCUCUAGUAAGUUGGGGAGACUCCGGGCGGCGACAACGGUCGCAGGGGGCAGGGGGGCGGCCAUCAGGCCGGACGGGAGUGCGGCUGUGAGUGUGGAUCAGAGGCGACAGGGGCCAGGCAUACAGGCGGGCAGCCCAAGGGGUAGAGGCGCGAGUGACGCCAUCAGUGCAGCUGGGGAUCCCCAAGCUCAGGGGUACAGGCAGCAGAUUAGGCCUCCAAUAGAAGCGGAGGUGGUGGUGCUGAGGGGUAGUAGUAGCGCAAAUGGUGCUGGUAUCGCUACGAACAGGGAUUCUGUCACAACUAAUCAAUCUUUGAGGCAGGAACAAUGCAUGAGAGUUUGCAUGGGGCAGGGUAUAGGCACGCAUGAUGCCACUUACUUUCAGGAAGCGGUCCGUCAGCCUCAGCCCCCUUUUCUGCAAAGGGAACAGAUGCAAGUUACUGGCAGGGGCCAGGAGGUAGCCAAUAGGCAGGGCAAUGCUGAUGCAAAUCAAGGGAUAAGUGCUCUUGGUGACAAAGGUGAUUCACAGCAGGGCCAGGCGAGGGAUGUGAAUGUGUGUAUGGAUAGUGCGCAGAUCGCUGCGGAGGUUCAGCGUGAGGUGAGAGAAUGCAUUAGCCAGGCAUUAGGUGUGCAGGAGGACUUGAUUAGGAGGGCUGUAGCGGCAGCACUUGGGGUGCAGGAGAGGGCGAGGGGUUGCGAAAGGGAGGGUGCUACCCCUUCUGGGGCCCUCUUCGUCGCUCAGAGUACUCCCCAGUCUGUUUUGUCUCCUCAGGUGUCAUCUGUAGCAGAGCAAAGAAUGGAGGCUGGUACAAGCAGCCAGUGCACGGCGAGUGGAGGAGUUGCAGGACCUGCCAGCUCAACUGCAAGCGGACGCCUACAAGCAUCGGAAGGGACUUCGCAGCAGCUGUCGCAGUCCGGUGAGUGCACCAUCACUGACAUUACACGCACUAACAUGGGGUCUUCAUCUAGCGACUCAGGCUCUGAUAGCGAGGCAGGGCUAGGUUUAGUGGGUAAGGGCCAACAACAGAUGUUUAGAAUUAUAAAGAAGUUAGUGGCAGCACAGGUGCAGGCGAAGGCAGGCGCGCAGGGCGUUGUAGAGAACAAUUCCUUAUCUCAGGUGGGGGAGGUGCCGGUGGUUGCGGCAGGGCACGUCGCGUCAAGGAAAGUGGUGGUGCACGGGGAUUCGUACCCAUGCCUAGUUCACUCACUAUAUGGCCAUUUGAAGGCUAAGGUGAUUAAAAAAAAUACAAGAGGGUAG